GUUAUUGGUCUUAAAUUCAAUUUAAAAAGUUAUUUUUUCAAAAAAAACUUUAUUUAAUUCAAAACAAACGUUACAGACUAGCAACGGCAAAAUAAGAAAGGUUCUGUCAGAAUGUUUUCUGUCAAAUUGUUUCAGUUGUUGAAAUGUAAAUUGUUAUCAGAUAAACCUAAAUCAGAGACUGUAAGAGAAGGAGGUAAGUUCAUUUACUUUAUGAUUAAAACUGACCGUUAAACACAAUUAUUCAGAGUUUGUUUUGCAACGUUUUGCUAAACUGGGCUUCAAGUUCAAGUUAUUGCUGGUAUCCUUUUCAUGCCUCAUUCUGAACAUCUAUGUUUUGAUUUGGCAACACUUAACUUUUUAAACGAGUAAAUCUAAUUAAUCUCUGAUGUGGUCAACAUUUAAGGAAUAAAGCACAGAUUUUUAGUUCAACAAUGUUCUGUAUGAUAUCUGCUGUUGUCUCCACUGAGACAUGAGAACAAAACUCUUCGAACUUCUUCUGUUUCUUGCUUCAGUGUUGAGCGUAACGAUGGAGCUGCAGAUGUCCAUUGACCUCUUCUUUAUAGCGAUUCUGAUUCUGAUUGUGAUCCUGUUGGUCCUUCUGAUUCUCUGUUGGACUUUCAAACAGUCCAAGAACAGAGAUCGCACUGUGCUGACGAUUUCUGCAAGAGAACCUCCACUGAAACUGGUCAUCAGARCGAAGCCAGACCAUGCCCAGCAGCUGAUGGAUCAUCUUCUGACCAGAGUCUUCCUUGGGCUGGAGCCGGAGGGAGAACCUGCAGAAGAACAGGGAGAGGAAACAGAACCAGGCCCGACAACUUCCUCAGCUUCUAAUCAUCCUGAUAAGACUCUGAAAACUUUUUACAAGAAAGUGACGCAGUGGAUUAAAGCUGCAGCUCCCAAGCAAAAGACAAAAAUCAACUUCAAGGUUGAAAGUCCUCCUCCUCCUCCCGCUGAUGAGGAUGAAGCCGACCAGCUCCCUCCUCAGCGGUCUGAUGAAUCCCAGCA